CGGCUUUCGGCGCUCCCACAAAAAGAAGAAGCGCACAUCUCAUUCAUGCUGGCGCCAUGCGGCGCAGCUAUGUGGGAGAGGUCUCGGUCUAUCGCAGCAAUGCGUAUCAGGGUCUCCGCUUCGCCGACGUGCAGAACUGCGCGCCGCGUGCAGAACUGCGUGCACGUGCGCGGGCCUAUGUAGGGGAGGAAGAUGAAGACUGCAUACCAGCUGCGAGCAGCGCUCCUGAACGUACCUGGAGGAAGGUGAACAAAGUCUCGACUCUCCCGCUACCAGUGAGCCUGCAGGAAUCUUUGACUUCGCCUCACGUGCAAUUGGUCAUCCAAGCACCGCAAGGAGUACCCAAAGGCGGACGCCCCAGAUGCCGGACUCGAUCUGCCCUCUCACUCAUCUUUGAAGAGAACCGAUUUCCAGAACCCUUGUACUAUCGCAAUGUGGAUUGCAUGGGUAUCCCUUCUCUCCUGUCGCAGAAGGAGUGCGAAAAAAUCAUCGACUUCGCCGAGAGCUGCCACUUCCGAGACCUUGUGCGGCUCAGGGUGGUGGAUUUAUGCUACGUGGACAUCAGAGAUGCGAGUUUCGCUGAAGCUCUUUGGAAGUCUGGGCUCGGCUGGCUGCUGAGAACCGUGCGAUUGGAUGGAAUGAUCCCCUGUGGCCUGAACGAAGUGGUCCGAAUCCAGAAGUUCGUCCAGGGUGGACAUGUGGCCUUGCACACAGACCGACCCAUUCGACUGGAGGACGGACGGGUUUCCAAGUACUCCUUGCGAAUCUUCUUGAACGGGUCAACCGACAAACACUUUGAGGGUGGCCUGAGCGUCUUCCAUGUGCCGUUCCAAGAUCCGGUGGUCUUCGAACCAAUGACGGGCCUGGCGCUGUUGUACCCCCAGGGUGAGCUUUGUACGCCCCAAGAGGAAGCCGAGGUGACCUUCGGAACGAAGUAUGUCUUGAGAGCUGAUGUCAUCUUCCGCCCUGCAUUGCCAUAGGCAGAGGGCGAGAGAUGACCACUUCUUGUCCAGUGAUGUCUGAAGAACUGUGAAGAACUGAGUCCCAUCGUUCUGCAUGGGCGCAUCAAGUCGAAGUCUCUCGUAGCCAAAGUGCCGCAGCGGAAGACUGGACCUGGCAAAAAAGUCGGCAGGGAGACUGGACACGUGUCUCAUAUCUCGAAAAGGGCAGCCAGUUGUGGGUCAAAGCACAUCUAAUUAAUCCAAACUACUUAGUACAUCUACA